AUGGAUCCACCAACACCGAAAAAAUCCAAAGUGGUGCACGCCAGCUCCGGGAAAGUCAUGAUGACCUUUUAUUUUGACUGCAAAGGGCUGCCGCUCACUGACUUUCUGAAACACGGCACCACAAUUAAAGAACAGCGGUAUGGGGAAACUGCACAAAUUGAAGCGCGUCAUCAAGUCCAAACGUCCAAAAAUGUUGACGAAGGGCAGCAUUAUAAUCCUCAUGAUGUUGUAACUACGCUGCAGAAGUUUCGUAGGGAAGUCCUUAAACAUCCACCAUGCAGUCCAGAUCUCUGCCCAUGCGAUUACCAUAUUUUUAGAGCCCUGAAGAAAGACUUAUGUGGCCUACGAUUCAAUUCGAACGCAGAGGUGCAAGCCUAG